UCCUCGCGCUCUGAUUGGUCAGUGUUUUCCGUUAAUAUCUCCUCAACGAAGCAUCAGACAACAUUUUCGCUAAGGAAAAAGUUGUUUCAAAUUACCUCCCGAACCACCCCUUUCAUGGUGUUACAACAUUUUUGGGACACGCUGUACAAUGGUUAUACAGACUAUAAAGUACUUGAUUUCUCGAAAUUGCUCGAAAUUUAAUAUAAAAUACAUUGUAAGAGGGCGCAUCGGUUUCUCAAAGGGCGCGAACAAGCACGAAUUGGCGCGAAUACCUGCUAUUACGUGUUAUUACUUUCUGAAAAAUCUAGUACCCUGUACCAAAUAUGUACACCGACAUCGAAAUAUUGCUAAUACAUCCAAAAAUAAGGUGAAGUUUGUUAGUGUACAUUUGUAUACAGUUGCUAAGAAGACAAGUUUAAAAAAAAAAAAAAAAGAAAGAGAGGUAACAAAUGUUUACAUUGUGGGAUUCAAAAUGCCAGUUGAUCAAAUACAAUAUUCUGAAAAAUACAGUGAUGAUAAAUAUGAAUAUAGGCAUGUUAUUUUGCCACUUGAUUUAGCGAGGCAUGUUCCAAAAACUCAUCUUAUGUCAGAAACUGAAUGGAGAAAUUUGGGAGUUCAACAAAGUCCUGGUUGGGUCCAUUAUAUGAUGCAUGUGCCAGAACCUCAUGUGCUACUGUUUCGUAGACCAAGGACUGAUUGUUUAAUAACUACAAGACCCACAUCUUUUCAAAGGGAAUACUAAAGUGUACAUCAAGUUUAUUAUCUGUGUCUAAUAACUGAUAUAUUAUUUAGUGAAAUGUGUAUAUGAAACAUAAUGAUUUAAGGCAAAUUAGAAGAAUUUAUAGUUUGAAUGACACUAUUGUAGUGAUCGAUUGUUAUAAUCAUGUUCUUGUUACACUUAAUAUGAUAAUUGUUGCUUUGUAAGUUUUGAAGCACAAUGUUUAAAUGGAUAAAGUUCGUUCAUGUAUAACUAAUUAGUAUUUGAGAUCUAAUAAUCUUCUGCCAACAUUUUUUCAUCAAAUAUGUAUAAAUAUCUAAUUAUUUUAAUUUGUACAAUUUUGCGAAAUUUGUAACAAUGUUUUGCUAAUCAUUGUAUAAAACAAAACAAAUCUGUGUAAAUAUUAUUGAUUAAAAAUGAUACAAUAUCUUGGAAUUUGUAAUUUGUUUCAAAAAACUUAAUACAAUGUAAGUACGUGUCAUUACACACUGAUGUAAUCAAAUUAUUUUGAAAUUAUAAAAUUAAUAGCACAACAUAGUUACCAUCGGCAUGUAAUUAAUCAAGCUAAUUUAAUUCAAUAUAAGCGUAUGUUAAGCUCUGUAUACAUAUAGCUUACUUAUUUAGAUUAAGUUUAAUGUAUUUAUUAAUAUAGUGUACUAAUAAAAUACUUGUUACCAAAAUUAUAAUCCUUUAUAAUAA